AUAUUGGGGAGGGAUUUCGUACUUGCUCUGUUGGCCUCAUUGAAAUGAAUCGGAAUCAACCAGACGUCGUCGUCUGCAGUCUACCUUAUAAAUGUUUAUAUUUCAUUGGUUCACAUCGCUCGCCGCUAAGUCUUAUACAUACAGACUUGGCUCCUGCAAACCAAGCCGGCGAAGCCACAAAAACCGCAUUCUACCACUACUCCCACCAACGCUUUUAGCGUUGCAAGCACGUUGGGGUGAGUGGCACAAUCACCACUACCACAACCACCACUACCACCACCACCACCACCAAGAAGCCCCUCAGGAUCCAAAACCCAAUAAUUCCCGAUCCAUUUUUUUUAAGUUUCGAUCAGAAAUGGAAUCCAUUAGCGUCCUAAUGCCCAUCCAAAUGAACAAGUACCUCGAACAGGAGCUCGAGAAGCGCUUCAACCUCUUGAAGCUCUGGAAUUCCCCGCACAAAACCCACUUCCUGAAGGAACAUUCCAAUUCCAUCCGGGCCAUCGUCGGCAACGCCUCCGCCGGAGCCGACGCCGAGCUUAUUGAAAGCUUGCCCAACUUGGAAAUUGUGGCCAGUUUCAGUGUGGGAAUUGAUAAGGUUGAUUUGAAUAAGUGUAGGGAAAAGGGGAUUCGGGUAACCAAUACACCGGACGUGUUGACCGAUGAUGUGGCGGACCUCGCGAUUGGGUUGAUUCUGGCGGUGCUUAGGAGGUUGUGUGAGAGUGAUCGGUAUGUCAGAAGUGGCAAGUGGAAGAAGGGCGACUACAAGUUGACUACCAAGUUCACUGGUAAAACUGUAGGCAUCAUAGGAAUGGGGAGGAUUGGCAAAGGAGUUGCUAAGAGAGCUGAAGCAUUUAGUUGCCCAAUCAGUUACUACUCGAGAUCAGAAAAACCAGAUUUGAAAUACAAAUACUAUCCAAGCGUUGUGGAGCUGGCCUCCAACUGUGACAUCCUGGUGGUUGCAUGCCCGCUAACCCAAGAGACGCGCCACAUUGUCAAUCGAGAAGUCAUGAAUGCUUUGGGUCCAAAGGGUGUACUCAUCAACAUAGGAAGGGGCCCUCAUGUCGAUGAACCUGAGCUGGUGUCGGCGCUGGUGGAAGGCCGAUUGGGUGGGGCAGGCCUUGAUGUUUAUGAAAACGAACCAGAAGUACCUGAGGAGCUCUUUGGUCUAGAAAAUGUAGUCCUCUUGCCUCACGUAGGAAGUGGCACUGUUGAAACUCGCAAAGCCAUGGCUGAUCUGGUGAUCAAUAACCUGGAGGCUCACUUUCUGAAGAAGCCAUUAUUGACUCCUGUGGUCUAUGUUUGUUUAGUGUUGCUUUGGGUGUUCACUUCAGACAUGGACAACAUAGGUCUGCUGAUGACGUGCUCGAUGUUCGCUUACCUUGAAGAAGAGCUCCAGAAGCGCUUCAAGCUCUUCAAGCUCUGGCACUAUCCUUCAACCCACGAUUUCUUCAAACACAAUGCGAAUUCAAUCCGAGCAGUGGUGGGAAACACCAAAAUCGGAGCCGACGCCGAGCUUAUCGAUUCGCUGCCCAAGUUGGAGAUCGUGGCGAGCUACAGUGUGGGGCUGGAUAAGAUCGAUUUGAGAAAAUGCGAGGAAAAGGGGAUAAGGGUUACCAACACCCCCGACGUGCUGACCGACGAUGUCGCCGACAUUGCAAUCGGAUUGAUGUUGGCUGUAUUGAGAAAGAUUUGCGUCUGCGAUGGGUUUGUGAGAAGUGGGUCGUGGAAGAGUGGCGAUUUUGGAUUGACUUCAAAGUUGAGUCGAAAAUCAGUUGGUAUUGUUGGGUUGGGUAGAAUUGGUACGGCCAUUGCAAAGAGAGCUCAAGCAUUUGGCUGCCCAAUAAGCUAUUACUCCAGAACACACAAACCUCACACAAAUUACAAGUACUACACCAACAUCAUCGACUUGGCAGCAAAUUCUGAAAUCCUUGUUAUAUCAUGCGCUCUGACAGAACAAACCCACCACAUUGUUAAUCGUGGAGUCAUCGAUGCAUUGGGUCCCAAAGGGAUUCUCAUCAACAUUGGAAGAGGUUUACAUGUUGAUGAGCCAGAGCUUGUUUCUGCUCUAAUGGAAGGCCGACUAGGUGGGGCUGGGUUUGAUGUGUUUGAGAAAGAACCAGAGGUUCCUGAACAACUGUUUGAGCUGGACAACGUAGUACUUUUACCUCAUGUUGGGAGUGACACUGUGGAAACUAGCAAAGCUAUGGCAGACCUUGUCAUCCAAAACUUGGAAGCAUUCUUUCUAGGAAAACCACUCUUGACGCCGGUUGUCUGAUUUGUUUUUUGUUAAAUGGUUACGUGUUCAAUGGGACAGACCUUGAGCAGGCGUUUCCAUGGGUAGGAAAUUUUACCAAAUUCUCAAACCAAUGUUUUAGUCUUUUUCCUCUAAUUUACUUCUCAAACUUGUACGAGAACAACUAUUUUAGCCAUAUUUAGUGGGUUUAAAAGAAAAGGUGCAUUUAAGAUUUAAGAAUCUUGAUCUUAUGACUUCUGAAAUUAUCUUGUAACAUGAUAUAUCUUCACUUUUCCUCUUUUUAUUUAUUUUUAUGAAUACCUUUUACUACUGCCUUA